ACUUGAGUGUAGUCUGUUUUUUAUAUAUUACAAAUCGGACCAAAGUUUAACACAUGUUGCAUGGAGGUUGUUGUGUUAUUGACUCAGAAGGUGUCUCCGGUGUUAAAACUAAAAGGAAAAGUAUAAAAUAUCGCUUUAGUUUUAAUGAAUCUAGCUACAGUAUACACAAACAGUACUAAUACUGGAAACUUCGUCGUAAAUAUUCAAGAUGUCAGCUCUUGAUAUUAUAUUUAAUUUAUGUUGUGAUUGUUUUAUACUAUUGUAGUAAACCGUAAGACAGCUAUUUCAUGAUAAAAAGCUUUGUUAAGAUGAUAAUGAGCUUAAUAUUUCAUUGCUAUGAAUUCUUGUUAUUGAAAAGGCUCGAAGAAGACCCAUCUUUAUGGCGUGAAAUCAAGAAACAGUUUUCACAAGGGAAAAGUGUAUAUAUAUUGCAGAGUAUACUUCCAGAUCUGUGGUUUUUAGCAAUUACCCUUGAGAAAACAAAAGAUAGGUUUCCAGCAUUUGUAAAAGCUCAGCUUGAUGAAAACCUUCAACUUCCUUCUCGGCAAGAAUCUUUGCUGGGCAGGUAUUUAAACAGUGUAGAUUUUGUUGAACUUCAUUUAGACAGCAUAUUCAAGCAUGGAGAAAAUGGGUAUUUACCACAAGAAUUGUUCAGAUGUCCAAAUGUGAAACUACUUUCACUAAAGUACAACCUUUUAGAAACUGUACCACCAGACAUUGGUCAUAUGAAAAACUUGGAGUAUUUGGCUCUAACUAACAAUCGACUUCAAAACUUUUCUAUUCCAUAUACUCUAACAUUUUGUCAGAAACUAUCUGUGCUUCUUCUUGACAACAACCUUUUGGAUGCUCUACCAGGAUUUCUCUGUUACAUGCCUUCUCUACAUACAGUCCAUCGCCAUGGUAACCAUAACUAUUUCAAGGCUACUUUUAUGUGGUAUCAUACAGAUGUGAAUGAGAGAAUAAUGUUUGUUAGUGGGAGUGGCUCAAUAGAAACCCAGCACAAACCCGAACGUUUACAGUUCCUAGCAGCUAGAGUUGUGAUUGCAGCAAAAAUCAACUUUUAUUCUAGUCCUCACGUACCUCACAUUCUCAUGGAUUAUAUUUCUGACAUGUACUUCAACUUUAAUAUCUGUGGGAACUGUCCAUCUGCCAGACUUCUCAGAGAGCCAGGCUACAAGGUGUUUACCUUUAUGAAUCCAUACCUUGGUAACACAUGUGUCCCCUUCCUUCAUUGGGCAUGUUCCUUAACUUGUGCUCAAGCCAUUGAAGUGCCAGCAAGAGUGCAGCAACUCAGGGCUGCCAGUGAACAAGACCGAAUAUAUAGACAGUGCGUGCAUGCUGCUCAGCUUGGUACCAGAAGGUCAAGUAACAGUGAAAAAAUCAGAGCAGCAGAAAAAUAUCUUUGAUACAAGACCCUAAAACCCCAGGUUGCUCAUAAUGAUUAUGCUGUCCGGAUGAUCUCCCACCUUAAAAGUUCUACAGUGGAAUGCUCAGAGUUUAAGGGCUUAUGAUAAUGAGUUCAGAUAUUCAACUGAUGGACAUGCUUCUAAUGUUUAAGGUUUGUUAAACGUAUUCAACAUCAAAUCUUUAUUAUAAUUUUCCAAGUUAUUCUUUUUAUAAUUUCAAUUAUUCAUACUUUGAUUAUGGUGGAUUUCUUAUUUUCAUUUGGCAAAAUAUUAACUUCUACCUAGUUGGUACCUUUAAUGUUUUAUUCCCUUGAAUGAUUAAAGUUAGUACUCGGGCAAGUUCUCACUGGAUCAUUUGUUCUGUGUGUAUCCUUGUAACUAUGAACAUUAAUUCAUAUGGACCAAAAUAUUGACUGCUGUGAUCUUAUUUGUGAGGUUUUCAAUGAUAAUCGCUUUUUGUAGGGUUCUGACUAUGUUUAUGCCAAUGAUAGAGAAAUGGAAGUGUUUAGCAAUACCCCUAACCUGUUUCUUCUGAAUGACAACUCCCUUUAUAGAUUGUGUACCAAAACUAGAAACCACCCUUUUCAACUUGACUAUCAUCUCCUCAAAAUUAAGUUGUAAAUGGCACUGUUCAUUUCUUAUUAAUUCUUUUGGAAGUGAUCAGGUUUUUUUGGAACAGUUUAUCUUUAUACACAAGUUAUGAUUAUCACUUUUUACUCUUCUAGGCUCUUUAUGUUGCCUGUAAGUACGAUCUUGCCUCACAUCUCCAAUUGCAGUUCUACCAAAUGCUGGCCAUUUUGGAUUUAUUCUUAUUGGUGCCCCAUAUAACUAUUAACUUCUUGGGAUGCUGAUUGUAAUCAUUUAAUAACAUUCAAUGUAUGUCCUAAAAAUUCACAGAAAGUGUCCAGAAACAGUACCUAUAUAAUUAAGAGAGCAACACGUGUGCAUGCAUGGGAAGCUUUUUAAACUUCGUUAAAAUAUCCAAAAGUGAAAUUAGGAGUUGAUUAGUACUGAUAAUGUCACCAUAUGCAUAAGGAAGGAAUGGAUGUAAAUACAUGUAGUACUUUGCAUUUAGAUUAUAGAAUGGUUUGGGGGGGGGGGGUGGGAUCUGUUAUCCAUCAGAGUCUCAUCUGAGAAAGCAAUGUUGAAGUGUUAAGGAUUGUGUGUGAAUUUCUUCAUUUGUUUAUAGACACUUAGAGUACUGGUACUGUCACCCUGUUGAAUCAUAAUACUUGCUCUUGAUACCCAGGUUUUGAAAUUGUCGUUAGAUCUGGUGUCUCUUACUAGUUAAAUAAAUUGGUUUGUCACUUUUGAUCAGACCAUUUGGCUUAAAAUGUCUUUUAUACUAGAGGUGUUGUGGAAUAGGUU